CUCCUCUCUCCUGGAAUAUAUACAGAAGUGUCAUGACCUAACAGAGGACUUAAACUAUUGAGGAAAUUGUUCAAUGGGUAAUUCAGGGGUGUGUUGUGGCAGUCUGGAGGAGCAGAAGGGGCUGAUGAAGAUGGGCCUUAGUAUGGUGUUGGUAGGGCAUGUGAAUUUCCUGCUGGGCGCUCUGGUCCAUGGUGUGGUGCUGAGACACUUCAGCCUCCAGCGGGGACAGGCCAUGGAAAGCGCCAUCUCUAACGUCAUAGCCCUGACAGCGGGCCUGCUGGGUGUCGUUACCGGGAUAUUGACUAUUGUUCUGUCCAAAAAUGAGAAGAACAGGGUACUGACCUUGUCACUGCUCAUGUUAAGUACUGUAGCUGGUUUGGUGGCUGCCGCCUCAGUCACCGGUCUGACAGUGUCCUUGGUAAAGACCGUAAUUCAGGGGGACAAGGGACUACUCGUUUACUGUGGCUACAGUGAUGACGGCAGGAGUCAUCUUACCAUCGCCAAUGAGUGUCCUUUUGACCCCACUCGUAUUUUUAGCACCACGAUAGUCCUGUGGAUCCCAUUGAUACUAAUGAGUGCAGUGGAGAUGGUGUUCUCAUGCCGCUUAUUUAAGGUCUCCAUCUCCUCCCUCGGUCAGCCCUGGUGCCUCCGCAAACAACAUUUACAAGAUAAGAGCAGAUUGAUGAAAACCCCGGGAGCGCCCGAGCCCCGCUACGCAGCUUCAUCCAGUCGUUGUGAAGGAGACGAGGAGAGGAGGUUGCCCGUUAGACCCCCAAAGCUGUACAAGUCACCCUGCAACUCUCACCCACACCGCUCCGCGUCGUCCGGGUACCGCCAACACCCCUCCGCAUCCCCGUUCAACCGGGCGGCGCUGGAACGGUCUAGCAUCUGGAUAUGAUUUUGAACCGGACCAUUGCUCUGGCCUCAUUCGGGGAUCAAGGGCAAUUUAAACUCUUUCGAAGACAGACGAAUGUUACAUGAUUGUAGUAGCUAUAUCGCAUCU